GGCCCCGCCGCCCGAGCAGGCAGCGCGCGGGCCGCCGGGUCCGAGGCCGGAGCCAUGGGCGAGACCAAGAUCAUCUACCACCUGGACGGGCAGGAGACGCCGUACCUGGUGAAGCUGCCCCUGCCCGCCGAGCGCGUCACCUUGGCGGACUUUAAGGGCGUUCUGCAGCGACCCAGCUAUAAGUUCUUCUUCAAGUCUAUGGACGACGAUUUCGGAGUGGUGAAGGAGGAGAUCUCGGACGACAAUGCCAAGUUGCCCUGCUUCAAUGGCCGGGUGGUGUCCUGGCUGGUAUCGGCUGAGGGCUCACACCCAGAGCCAGCUCCCUUCUGUGCUGACAACCCAUCGGAACUGCCACCGCCCAUGGAGCGCACAGGAGGCAUUGGGGACUCCCGGCCCCCAUCCUUCCACCCUCAUGCUGGUGGGGGUAGCCAGGAGAACCUGGACAAUGACACAGAGACUGACUCCUUGGUGUCUGCCCAGCGAGAGCGGCCACGACGGAGGGAUGGCCCAGAGCACACAACCCGGCUAAAUGGAACUGCAAAGGGGGAGCGGCGGCGAGAGCCAGGGGGGUAUGACAGCUCAUCCACCCUUAUGAGCAGCGAGUUGGAAACCACCAGCUUCUUUGAUUCAGAUGAGGAUGACUCCACCAGCAGGUUCAGCAGCUCCACAGAGCAGAGCAGCGCCUCACGCCUGAUGAGAAGACACAAGCGGCGGCGGCGGAAGCAGAAGGUUUCGCGGAUUGAGAGGUCCUCGUCCUUCAGCAGCAUCACGGACUCCACCAUGUCUCUCAACAUCAUCACGGUCACUCUCAACAUGGAAAAGUAUAACUUCUUGGGUAUCUCCAUUGUGGGCCAAAGCAACGAGCGUGGUGACGGAGGCAUCUACAUUGGCUCUAUCAUGAAGGGGGGGGCCGUGGCUGCUGAUGGACGCAUCGAGCCAGGAGAUAUGCUGUUACAGGUAAACGAGAUCAACUUUGAGAACAUGAGUAAUGACGACGCGGUCCGGGUACUGCGGGAGAUUGUGCACAAACCAGGGCCCAUCACCUUGACUGUAGCCAAGUGCUGGGACCCAAGUCCACGUGGGUGCUUCACACUGCCCAGGAGCGAGCCCAUCCGGCCCAUUGACCCUGCAGCCUGGGUCUCCCACACUGCAGCCAUGACCGGCACCUUCCCUGCCUACGGCAUGAGCCCCUCCCUGAGCACCAUCACCUCCACCAGCUCCUCCAUCACCAGCUCCAUCCCUGACACAGAGCGCCUAGACGACUUCCACCUGUCCAUCCACAGUGACAUGGCUGCCAUCGUAAAAGCCAUGGCCUCCCCUGAAUCUGGGCUGGAGGUCCGUGACAGGAUGUGGCUCAAGAUUACCAUCCCCAAUGCUUUCAUCGGCUCGGAUGUGGUGGACUGGCUGUACCACAACGUGGAAGGCUUCACCGACCGGCGAGAGGCCCGCAAAUACGCCAGCAACCUGCUGAAGGCCGGCUUCAUCCGCCACACUGUCAACAAGAUCACCUUCUCUGAGCAGUGCUACUACAUCUUUGGCGACCUCUGUGGCAACAUGGCCAACCUCUCCCUCCACGAUCAUGAUGGCUCCAGCGGCGCCUCCGACCAGGACACGCUGGCCCCUCUGCCACACCCAGGGGCUGCCCCUUGGCCCAUGGCUUUCCCUUACCAGUACCCGCCGCCCCCGCACCCCUACAACCCGCACCCAGGCUUCCCCGAGCUGGGAUACAGCUAUGGCGGGGGCAGCGCCAGCAGUCAGCACAGUGAAGGCAGCCGGAGCAGUGGCUCCAACCGUAGCGGCAGCGACCGGCGAAAGGAGAAGGACCCGAAGACCGGGGACUCGAAGUCGGGCGGUAGCGGCAGCGAGUCGGACCACACGACCCGCAGCAGCCUGCGGGGGGCGCGGGAGCGGGCGCCAAGCGAGCGCUCGGGUCCUGCCGCCAGCGAGCACAGCCACCGCAGCCAUCACUCGCUGGCCAGCAGCCUGCGCAGCCAUCACACGCACCCGAGCUACGGCCCCCCCGGGGUGCCCCCUCUCUACGGCCCCCCCAUGCUGAUGAUGCCCCCACCGCCCGCGGCCAUGGGGCCCCCGGGAGCCCCUCCGGGCCGCGACCUGGCCUCCGUGCCCCCUGAACUGACCGCCAGCAGACAGUCAUUCCGCAUGGCCAUGGGAAACCCCACCAAGAAUUUCGGGCUGUUUGACUUUCUGUGAGCCCCCAGCAAGGGGAGGCCCAGCCUCCGAGGAGACCAGGAACCCUGCUUCAGCAGCCCCUCAGGGCUUCCCAAGGAUAUUUCAGCUCCCAUACCCACACUUUAUCCCGUUGAGUCACUAGGCUCUGAGGAGCACCCAGCCUCUCGCCCAUGUGUGAGAGACUCUCUCUCUCUUUCCCUCUCUCCCUCUUUCUCACACACCUCUCCCACCCCCUGCCCCAACACGCACGUGCCUAUGCGAGUUCACUUAAGCCUCAGGGCUGGUCCCUGACCAGAGGGCUGGACCCUCUCUCCCAGUCCGCUCCUAGGUCUUGGGGCUGGUCCCCUGAUUUCUCUCUCCCUUUCUUCAUAGCCCUCAAACCUCCCACACAUGUCCCCAUAAUAUUUCUAUCUGGUUAAAGCCCAUAAUCUGGUUCUCAGGUUGGGCUCAGCGCAGGACCCCCCAGGCAACUGACAGACUGUUCUCACCCUGCCCCGCACCCCACACACCCUCCUGUGUUUUCACCAUCACCAUGAUAACCGAGCAAGGUUGGGCAGGGGGAGGGACUUCUGGGACUUCCAGACAGAGUGCCAAGUUUUACUUUUUACCUUAUUCUCCCAUUUAAGCCAAAUCACGACUUUCUCUGUGAGCCUAUUCUAUAAAUUCUGGCUCACCUAGGCUUCCAUAUUUUUAGGUCUGGGAUGUCAAGCGUAAGAUGAAGUCCUAAGCUCCAGGUCUUGAAGCAAUCCAGGGUAGGGGUAUUUGGGCAUUCAUUCAUUUAACAAAUAUUCCCUGGGAUUUGGGGUGCAUGAGGGCUGCUGUGUUAGAAGUGUGACUCAGUCUUGCCUUUCUUCCGGGAGCUCUAGGUUUGCUCCUAACCCAGACCAUGGUUUCCUCUAGCCACCACUAUAGGGCUGCCUCCUGUACUUCUCUUCCUCCUCUGAUUCUUCCAUCUCUGACUCUCUUGAGGAUUCCUCUGCUAUUGCUCAUGCCUUCAGGGUCCCUGUAUUUUAUCUCUGGUCCACUUCUCUUUCUUCUAUAUUUACUCUCGAAACGGUAUCAUCCAUUCUGAUGUCCUCAACUGCCACUAAUAUGCUGGUGAUUCCCAAAUAUGUAUCUCCAGCCCUAACUUCCCUCUAUCUUUAGAUCUGUAUUUUUAUCACCCACUGGACCUCUCCAUGGACAAGUCCACAUGGACUCAACUCAUCCCCCCACCCACCCUCAAAGUGUGUUCCUUCUGAAUUCCUAUCCUGGUUACCUUCAUCACACUCUUCAUAGGCUCACCGGCUAGAAACAUUUAUGGGCUUAAAUUCCUUCCCAUAUUUUACUAGUCAGUAUAUCAUAUCCAUUCCACUCCACAUCUUUCUUGAAUUUGGCCCUUCCUCUCCCCUCUGCCUCUACUCUAGUUCACAGGAGCAUGGGAUUUGGAGUCAGGUUAUUCUGGGUUUGAAUCCCAGCUCUACUACUUUUUGGUUGUGUGAUAAGAGAGUUAUUCAGUCUCUCUGAGCCUCAGUUUCCUCAUAUGUAAAAUGAUGAUAAUAAUACCUACCUCACAGGGUUGUUGUGAGGAUUUAAGUUAGAUAUUGUACGAAAAGUGCCUAGCACAGUGCCUGGCACACAGUAGAAUAGGUGCUCAAUAAAUGGUAGCUAUUGUUAUUAU